GCGUUCCCGACUUUUUCAAAUUGGCUCACCUCAAGAUUCAAUCAGUCUGGCGGUGAUUUUAUUUAAAAUUUUUGAUUCACCAUCGCGUACGGUUAGUUUCAAUUGAACGGUGCUACUUUCGAGACUUUCCCUCAGAGACUAGCUAGUACGGGGUGGGUUGGCCAAGCUGAUGGAACUUCUAUAAAACCAACUAAAUUUAAGGCUAAGAAGGAAAUAGAUCUAAAGGAUACCAGCGCAUUCAAAUAUCGCCAGAAUGAAGUACUCAUGGGAGAACCGAGUGGACUUCGUAGUCCGUCAUAUGUAUGAUAUUGACAACAACGGCUAUUUGGACCAGAAAGAUUUCGAAUGUAUGGCCUUGCGGGCGUGCAUCAUAGAAGGAAAGGGAGACUGUAGCACUGGUCGACUGACGGAGUAUUUGCAUAUUAUGCGAAGUUUAUGGGAAGAGAUCUCAGAGCUGGCGGAUUUUGAUAAGGAUGGUAGAAUUACAACUGCAGAAUUCAGAGAAGCAGUGAAAAGGACGUGCAUGCAGAAGAAAUACGAUGAUUUUCCUCAAGCGAUGAAAGCUUUCAUCGAGACCAACUUCAAAAUGAUGGACCUGAACGGUGAUGGAGUUAUUACCAAAGAUGAGUUCCGCUACAAUUGUAUCACACGGAUCGCUAUUGAAGAUAUCGAGCCAGUCGACGAAGCUUUUGAUAAUCUACUUAGCGAUGACGACCGAAAACGUGGCGGUCUAACUCUCUCUCGAUACAAGGAACUCUACAGCCUCUUCCUAGGACAUCCUGAAGACAACCACGAGGGAAUCUAUCUGUUUGGGCCACUACCAUCAGACUAAAUUCAAACUCAUCCUAACUUACAAUGACAAAAAUGUACCUUGAAAUCACAUUUCGCUAGUUGCGUUUCUUUGAUGUUUAUUUAUUUAUUUAUUUAAAAACGUAGGAGUUGAAAAUGUAGUUCUGUUUUCUGUUUAAUUAUUCGCCAAAAACUUCAGUGUAAAUAUCGAUAAUCGCAUACAUUCAUAAGGGACUUAUUAUACCUGGAAAUCUACGCACUCUCUCUCUGUAGAUUUCAGGAGCAACGAAAAAAGACAACGAAGAAAGUUUGAUAUUGGUUGCUUUCACCAUCGCCAAUAGAUUAGAUUUCUUUCUCUGAACAUAAAAGUUACUACACGAACACAUGACUAUCUAGCUGUAAGUUGUAAGGAACAGCAUUGUUAAUGUAUCUUUUUUUUUUAUUUUUCUCGUUUUUAGUGGAUUGAUCCGUUUUUGUGUUACUUAGAAUUCAUUUUCUUCUUUUUUUUGAUGAGACCUGUUUAGUUUUAUGUGCCUCGGAUAUUGUUUAGUUAGGUACAGACUUUAUCGCACACUUUUUUAUAAAUAUCUACUAUGUACGAAGAAUUUAUUUAAGGAUUGUAUUAAAAUUACUGUAAACGUUCUUCUAUGGUUGUAAAAUUAAUAAAAAAUGGAAACGAAAGUAACA